AUGGCCUGUGGGAUGAUCAUUUUUGUGUUCCUGGUUUGCCUUUUGGCUGGAGCUUUCUCAGUGGUUAAAGGUGAAGACCCUUACGUGUUCUAUACAUGGGAUGUCACCUAUGGCACCCUCUCGCCUCUGGGAGUUCCCCAACAAGUUAUUCUCAUCAAUGGCAAAUUCCCUGGACCUCUCGUCAAUGGUUCAUCCAAUAACAAUUUCGUCAUCAAUGUCUUCAACAAGCUUGAGGAGCCAAUUCUUUUCACCUUCCAAGGCGUCCAACACAGGAAGAAUUCGUGGCAAGAUGGUACACCAGGAGCCCAAUGUCCUAUCCCUCCUGGAACAAACUUCACUUACCACUUCCAGAUUAAGGACCAGAUCGGAACUUUCUUCUACUUCCCCACCACAGCUUUACACCGAGCCGCCGGCGGUUUCGGCCCGAUUCGCGUGUUCAGCCGUUUGUUGAUCCCUGUUCCUUACCCAGAUCCAGAAGAUGAGUUUGAUUUUCUAAUUGGUGAUUGGCACACAAAGAGCCAUGCAACUCUUAGAAAGUUCUUGGACAGUGGCCGAUCUAUUGGAAGACCAGAUGGGGUUCUCAUCAAUGGCAAAUCAGCGAAAGGAGAUGGCAAAGACGAACCACUCUUCACAAUCAAGCCUGGAAAGACCUAUAAGUAUAGAGUUUGCAAUGUAGGGAUUAAGAAUUCGCUCAACUUCAGAGUCCAAAACCAUCCCAUGAAGCUUGUGGAAAUGGAAGGAUCUCACACUGUUCAAAACAUGUACGAUUCACUUGAUGUCCAUGUUGGGCAGUGCCUUACAGUACUCGUCACUGCCGAUAAAGAACCUAAAGACUAUUACGUCGUGGCUUCCACAAGAUUCUCUAAAACUGUCGUUGUUGGUAAAGGCAUUAUUCGCUAUGAAAAUGGAAAAGGCCCAGCUUCACCUGACCUACCUGAAGCACCAGUGGGUUGGGCUUGGUCUCUUAACCAGUUUCGCUCUUUCCGUUGGAACCUUACGGCUAGCGCAGCCAGACCUAACCCACAAGGUUCUUACAAAUAUGGUCAGAUUCCUAUUGCUCGCACAGUUAGGUUGGUUCAUUCAGUUAGUAGGGGACAGGGGAAGCUUCGUUACGCGAUAAACGGUGUGUCUCAUGUUGAUCCUGAGACACCCAUGAAGCUUGCAGAAUACUAUGGAAUUGUUGAUAAGGUGUUCAAAUAUAACACUAUGCCUGAUCAGCCACCAGCCAGUUUGGAAAAUGUGGUUGAGGGGCCUAAUGUGUUGAACAUCACAUUCCGUGAGUUUGUUGAGAUCAUUAUCGAGAAUCAUGAGAAGAGCGUCCAAUCAUAUAACCUGGAUGGUUAUUCCUUCUUUGCUGUCGCGAUUGAGCCUGGAAAGUGGAGCGCAGAUAAGAGGAAGAACUAUAACCUUCUGGAUGCUUUGAGUAGGCACACUGUUCAAGUGUUCCCCAAAUCUUGGGCGGCUAUAUUGUUGACAUUCGACAACGCAGGAAUGUGGAAUUUCAGGUCGGAGAUUGCUGAGAAUCGCUACCUGGGACAACAGCUCUACAUCAGCAAUUUGUCGGAAAACAAAUCUUUGAGAGAUGAGUACAACCUUCCAGAUUUCGUGUUGAAAUGUGGCAUCGUAAAGGAUAUGCCAGUGCCUCCGCCUGUAUACACCUAA